UUGUAUAAAAUGGCGUCAGCCGAGUUUUUAGAGCAAGCUUUGUCCACAAACGUUGAUGAGAACGCCGUUAACGCGAUUGUAGGGUCAUUAGAAAAUCAGUUAGUCACGCCCGUUCCAUCACAAUCCUCUCAUACCAGUUUCGUAAAUGUUAUACCGUCUCAAAAUUGUAAUAUAACUUCAAACGCGGGCUCUAUUAUAAGUGGACAAAAAUAUGUUACGGACCAAAUAAAUUCUGGUGGUAUAGUGAACAGUAUUCAUUCUAAUAUUGUAUCGAACUCAAGUGCAUCGUUUAAUAAUGUGCAAGCAUCAACACAACCAACAUUUACAUCUCUUUCAUUGAGUGGUGGUGCUCCUCUUUCCAAUGAGACAUUGAAGGUGAUAUACUCACAAGCACAACAUCUGAGCAACCCUCACAGCAGCGUGACGUUACCAGUUCAGUCUUUGGCAAGCGGGCCAUCGCAGAGCCAGAUAUUACACGCAGUAUCGACUGGCGGCGUGCUACCCCAGCAAGGCAACAAAACUAUCGCCAUGCAGCCUCCACUCGUGAUAAAGCAGGGCACAAAUACUGGCCAAGUGGGUAUGCAGCCUGGAAUGGUGACUGUCCCAAUGACUGUGAACUCUAGCAUGCCUGCUUCAAUACCUAAUGUGAUGACACUGAACAAGCCUGGAGGGCAGAACGUUGUAGUGACCACACAGAAUCUAGGCUCCGCGCAGCCUACUAUCAUCCCCAAUGUCCAAAUAUUAAACAUGAGACCUGGAGCGCCCGCAGUGGCUGCUCAGAAGUCAGUAGCGACAGUAUCACCCAGAGUGGUGAUUGGUACGCCUCAAGUUGUUGGUACGAGAGCAACUGCUCCAAUAACGCUGCAAACUCUGCAGAGUCUUCAACCGGGGCAGCAGGGUCAUUUGUUGUUAAAGACUGAGAAUGGUCAAUACCAGCUGCUGAGGGUGGGCCACGCGCCCGCGGCCAGCACUCUUACGGCGCCGCAGGCUCAGACCAUCCGGCUGUCGACCGUGCCGGCACACCCUGGCGUGGCCACAGUGUCCACAAGCGUGGCGGCACCUGGCCCCAUUCCGGGACAGAUGCCGGCGCCGCCGAUUGCUGCGCCUGUUGUCGCAUCGGCGCCAAGUGUUACGGUGUCUACAACUCCGCCGCAGCAGCCCAGUACCACCACACAUAUUAAGCCGUCAGACAAUACCAAAGAGAAAUGUCGGAACUUCCUAGCAAAUCUCCUGGACUUGUCCAGCAAGGAGCCACCCUCCGUGGAGAUGAAUGUUAGGAACCUGAUCCAGGAGCUGAUUGAUGCCCAGGUCGAGCCAGAGGAGUUCUGUGAUAGACUUGAACGUCUCCUCAAUGCCAGCCCACAACCAUGCCUCAUUGGGUUUCUGAAGAAAAGUUUGCCGCUGCUCCGUCAGUCUCUUGUGACGAAGGAGUUGGUGAUCGAAGGCAUCAACCCUCCAGCACCGCACGUGGCCUUCUCGACCAUACCAGCACCAACUCAACCCGUCAUCGCUACCUCCAACAUCCAGAUGAAGCCGACCCAGAAGGCUGGCGGCUCUAUAGCCGUGCUGCAGAACAUUCCUCUCCAUACGAAGAUCAAUGUGAACAAGGUGGGCAAGGCGAUGACAGUGAACAGCAAGGCCAACUUCCCGCGCUCGUCUGUGCCCUCCGCCGCGCUCUCCACCGUCCUCACCCCCGGCAAGUCCUUGCUCAAAGACAAAGAGAAGAAGUCUUCGGGACAAUUCUCGCAACCGUUUGUUGACGACAAGAUGGCGGGCGACGAUGACAUCAACGAUGUGGCUGCUAUGGGAGGCGUCAACUUGGCAGAGGAAUCUCAGAGGAUCCUCGGCUCCACGGAAAUGAUCGGGACCCAGAUUCGGUCAUGUAAGGAGGAAUAUUUAGUACCGACAAGCUUGAUGCAGGCGCGAAUUAAAGCGAUAACUUCAAAGCACGGCAUGGAGGAAUCGCCACCAGAAGUAGCCAACAUCAUCAGCCAUGCAGUACAAGAAAGGCUCAAGACCAUUGUGGAGAAACUUGCCACGAUCGCACAACACAGAAUUGAUUUAAUAAUAAAGACUGACAACCGCUAUGAAGUGACACAAGACGUGAAAGGCCAGCUCAAAUUCCUAGAAGAACUGGAUCGUGUCGAUAAGAAGAGACGCGAGGAUUCUGAGAGAGAAAUGCUAUUACGAGCUGCAAAGUCUAGGUCUAAAAAUGAAGACCCGGAGCAGGCCAAACUGAAGGCCAAAGCCAAAGAGAUGCAGAGAGCUGAGUUGGAAGAGCUUAGGCAGCGUGAGGCUAACUUGACGGCGCUGCAGGCCAUCGGGCCGAGGAAGAAGGCGAGGCUCGACAUGCCCGGAGGAUCAGGAGACUCAAUUUCUAACGGCUCCGGACACAAUAGUAGCUCAGGAGUCUCUGGGCGCAGUCAGAUGGCUCUGCGAACGAGGCUGAAGCGCAUCAACCUUCGCGACAUGAUCUGCCUGAUGGAACAGGAACGAGACACGAGUCGCUCCCUCAUGCUGUACAAGAGCUACCUCAAAUAGCGCUGCCGAGCUCGUCACCGACUGAAUCUAAUGCCGCGUUCGCGAAUCAUCCAUUUGUAAAUGUGCACAUCAUUCAUAAAUGUAUGACAACUAUCAGCGUUACUGAUCGAGUAGUGGUGCAAUCACAUCACCACGUUGUUUGCUUUCGUUCCAUGAAUUUGGCAAGCAAGUGCAAAAUGUUUGCGCAAACCAGAGAUACAGGUUUUUAUAUAAAUCCUAUCCAAACCAGAUAUGGUUUGCAAUGUAAAAAUUUGGAAAGUUGAGUAUUAAUUACAUGGAGAAGAAAAGGACCAGCGGAGAUGUCAUAAUGCAAACUCUCCUAAGAAACUUAUCCCUCAACGUUUUUAAUUAGUAUUUUCAUAAUAAAUUAUGUUAUAAUAUGGAAUAAAUUAUGUAUUUUGAGCCAAUUGUUGCAUGCUAUUUUAUCUACUAUCAUUGGAUGGUCUUUUAUCAUGUUCUUCCUGCAGUUUUUAGUGUUGAUGAUCUGAUAUUGUAUCGCAAUAAAAUUAUUUUU